AUGGCCAUGGCGUCGAUCAGCAACCCGCCUCAUACGGGCAGGUCUACGCCAGUUGCUUCUCCCAACGCCAACGGCGGAGUUGCUUGGAAAGCCGCCUUUGCUCGUGCUAAAAGCCUCGCGUCGAAGAUGACUGUAAGCGAGAAGGCCACAGUCAUAACAGGUCAACCUGGCCGGUGCGAGGGCAAUACGGGCCCAGUGGAACGCUUAGGAGUUCCUUCGCUUUGCUUGGAGGAUGGACCCGCGGGCGCUCGGCCCAUCAUCGGUUCCUCCCAGUUUUCUGCAGGCGUAGCCACUGCGGCGACAUGGGAUAGAGACCUCAUGUAUCAACGUGGUCACGCAAUGGGGCAGGAGUUCCAUGACCAAGGAAUCCAUGUCGCACUCUCGCCGGUCACCGGUGGUCCUCUUGGUAGAAGCCCGCGCGGGGGACGUAACUGGGAAGGUUUUUUUGCUGAUCCGUAUGGCACCGGUGUCGCUGCAUAUAUGACCGUGAAAGGGAUGUUAGAUGGCGGCGUCAUCACGACGGCGAAACAUUGGAUUGGAUACGAACAAGAGACAUACCGCGAUCCGUACAAUUCGACCGAGGCAUAUGCAGUAUUUCCAGCCAACGAGCAGUCCCCCAUCUCGUCCAAUAUCGACGACGCGGCAACACACCAGCUUUACAUGUGGGGAUUUGCUGAAGCGGUUCGCGCAGGCACCGGCUUUGUGAUGUGCUCUUACAACGAGAUCAACCAGACUCAUUCAUGCUCCGAUCGACACUCUAUGAGUAAUCUGCUCAAAGGCGAACUAAAUUUUCAAGGGGCCAUUAUGUCUGAUUGGGGAGCAACUUGGGGCACAUCACCCUUUAUCAACGCGGGCUUGGAUGUUACGAUGCCCGGAUUCGGCCUAGGAGGAAGCACGAUGUGGGGACCGGCAUUGACGGCAGCCGUCAGCAAUGGCUCGGUAUCGAUGUCGCGGCUGGACGAUGCAGUCGUCCGUGUUCUAACGCCAUGGAUCGCCUUUGGGGAUGCAGAUCAUCCUCCGCCGCCUGUGACCUGGAACGCAUUUCCUGGCUCAUUCAACGUCGAAAACGCAUCUUGGCAUGACGUCCGUAAAGCACAAACUGCGGACCUCAUUCGCCAGAUCGGGGAGGAUUCAACCACGUUGCUGAAAAACACCAAUGGUGCUCUCCCUUUGUCUCAGCCUAAAGUUAUUGCUAUCAUCGGCAGCGAUGCUGGCCCAAACACCCUCAGCGCGCUUAAUGGUGGUGGUGAAAAUAGAUACCCCCCGUGGGAUGUAAACGGCGCCCUUUCUUUGGGCGGGGGGUCAGGCUGGGCAAUUCCACCUUACUUGGUUACACCGUAUGAGUCUAUCGCGUAUAGAGCACGAAGAUUAGGAUCGCAGGUGUAUUCCGUCUUCAACGAUACCGCCUAUGAUGAUAUCGCCGCGACGGUUCAAACCGCGGAUACCGCGCUGGUGUUCGUCAGCGCCUAUGCCACCGAGGGAAUGGAUCGUGCGAAUCUGUUACUUGAUCACAAUGGCGAGGAGCUUAUCAAGACAGUGGCCAGGAACAAUUCCAAUACUAUAGUAGUGAUUCAUGCCGGCGGCCCAGUCGUUGUCGAAGAUUGGUUUGCUCUGGAGAACAUCACGGCCGUGAUCCAAGCACACUAUCCCGGUCAAGAAGCCGGCGAUUCCAUUACAAGUGUUCUGUUUGGUGACGUCGUGCCGAGCGGCAAGCUUCCCUUCACCACUGGGCGUUCCUUGGACGAUUACCCCCCUAAUACUAUCGUUUCGGAUCCCGUCCUAUUCCCUCAAGCCAAUUUCACAGAGUCGACGCUCAUUGAUUACCGCUGGUUCAGCGCAAAGGGAAUCAAUCCUCGCUUCGAAUUUGGGUUCGGUUUGUCAUAUUCGACUUUCGUCUACGAGAACAUUCGCGUUCAAGAUGUGCAUCACACGGACAACACCUCCAUCCAGCGUACCAACGAGCCAUUCGAAGGAUCGGAUGACUCGAAUAGCUUGUACGAUAUAAUCGCUCAGGUAACUGCGCAAGUUACGAAUACUGGCAAUGUCACAGCCAGCGAGGUAGCGCAGCUGUAUGCAACCUUCCCAGAUAGCCCCGGUGUAUGGCUUAGGGGGUUCGACAAACUGAAAUCCAUCCCGCCGGGCGGAACGGCUACAGCAACUUUCGCAUUGCGUAGAAAGGAUUUGUCCCAGUGGAGCGUUGAGAAACAGACUUGGUAUAUUCCCGAGGGUGCCAUCAAACUCGAAGUUGGCGCCAGUUCCACCAAGUUAUACCUCGUGCGCCUAGUUCUUGAGCUCCAACAACUCGAGCUGAUGCAUGGUUUCCAGACAACGUCUUGGUCUCAUUCAGGGUAA